CGCAAGUGGGCAAUAAGUUGGUCCCACGACUAGGCGAAGUGCUUGUAAGGUUGUCGGACACUUGAUUUACAAAAGAACAUGAGAUAUCCGUGUUAAGUCUCUUUGUAUAUAUAUGUGUGUUUGUAUGUGGACUACUGUGUACCAGAUAGAUUACGUUGAUGUUGGAGCACAACAUUUGAAGGUUUCUUGUUGCUAUAUGCAUAUAUUAUUGUUCCUGUUUUCUGUUCUAAAUUUCUCAUUUUCAGAUGCAAUAUGCUUGACAACUACUAUAUCUCUAAUACUAUAUAGUCCUAUUUUGUUGUUCUUCUUCUGUAUAGGGAAAAAAGAAGCAUUGUUCUUCUUAAAAAAAGAAGAAGCAUUGCCUUUGAACUGCAUUUGGGUAUUGAUUCAAAAUGGGAGAGGAAAACAAGCAAAGCCUGCUCAAGAAACGUUUCUACAAAAACUGCCCGGGAUGUAAAGUGGAUGAGCUUAAAGAGAAGCAGCGUGGUAUACCCAUCAAGGAACUCGUCUUGAUAUGGAUUGUGGUGCUCUGUACAGCGCUGCCAAUAUCGUCUCUCUUUCCGUUCCUUUAUUUUAUGAUAAGGGACUUCAAGGUUGCAGAAACAGAAGAAGAAAUUGGUUACUAUGCAGGUUAUGUGGGCUCCUCAUUUAUGCUUGGAAGAGCUCUAACAUCUGUUUUGUGGGGAUUGAUAGCUGAUCGAUAUGGUCGCAAGCCAGUCAUAAUCAUAGGCACUUCAGCAGUGGUUAUUUUCAACACACUCUUUGGUCUUAGUGUAAACUAUUGGAUGGCCAUCUCUACAAGAUUUCUUCUUGGAAGUUUGAAUGGUUUACUUGGGCCAGUGAAGGCAUAUGCAUCUGAAAUUUUCCGCAAGGAAUACCAAGCUUUAGGAAUAUCAUCAGUCAGUACAUCAUGGGCUAUCGGAUUGAUUAUUGGCCCAGCUUUGGGAGGCUUUCUUGCUCAGCCUGCAGAGAAAUAUCCAGCUAUAUUUUCCAAAGAUUCUGUAUUCGGGAGGUUUCCAUACUUCUUGCCUUGCCUAUGUAUAUCACUAUUUGCAUUGAUGGUGACUAUUGUUACUUUUUGGCUUCCGGAAACAUUACACAUUCAUAAGGAACCUUGUGAAGAUUCAGUUGUGGCAGUGGAGGCUGUGUCCCGUGGGUCUUUUGAGAAAGAAAUAACCCAGGAUUUUGAAGGAAGAGAACCUGAUUCUAAGAAAAGCCUAAUCAAGAACUGGCCCUUGAUGUCAUCAAUCAUUGUUUAUUGCAUCUUCUCACUUCAUAGUACAGCUUACUCAGAGAUAUUCUCACUAUGGGCCGAAAGCCCACGAAAAGAAGGGGGCUUGAGCUAUUCAACUAACAAUGUUGGAGUAGUUCUUGCUGUGUCAGGUCUUGGGCUUCUUGUAUUUCAACUUUCUCUAUAUCCAAUCGCAGAGAAGAUUCUUGGCCCUAUCAUGGUAGCUCGCAUUUGUGGAGUGUUGACCAUACCACUAUUGACAUGUUACCCCUACAUGACCCUGCUUACUGGGUUCAGCCUCCCACUGUUGUUAGGCUGUGCAUCUGUGGUGGUGAAUAUAUUAUCAGUGUCCAUUCUUACUGCCAUGUUUGUACUGCAAAACAAAGCCGUGGAUCAACACCAAAGAGGAGCUGCAAAUGGCAUAACUAUGACUGCCAUGUCACUUUUUAAAGCUGCCGGUCCAGCUGGUGCAGGAGCAAUCUUUUCUUGGACACAAAAGCGUCAAGAUGCUGCCUUCUUUCCAGGUGACCACAUGAUUUUCUUCAUCCUAAAUGUGAUCGAGGCAAUUGCGGUGCUCAUGACGUUUAAACCAUUUCUAGUUGAACGACAAAAUUCUUGAACAAAAGGUUAUGAAGCUUAACUUAAUAAACCUGAGAGCCAAAUCGGGGGGAAAUGUAUAGCCUUAGCGAGAUUGUUUGGCCUUGUGAUUCAUUUGUUCAGUAAUUUUUGGUGAAAAUAUUCGUUGUUGUAUAAGGACUAUUAAAUCAUUUUACAUUUUAUAGAUGAGGAUUCUGUUGAAGGCGCCAUGCUGUUAAUUUAUCAAAGAAAAGGUGUUAAGCA